AUGUUUCAUUUUUACAGCAAAAUUUCGGCGGGACUUGCAACGGCGCGAAACGACGUCGGCAAUAUGGCCCAGGUGAGUGACUACAGUAGUCCUGUGCGAGAACUCUUUCUCUCUCUCACCAAGAUUUAAGUCCCCUUUUUUUGUAGUCCUGCCCCAAAUUAGUUAAGUUCCCAUUUAGACUCAAAAAGAUAAAUAGUCUGCAUUUGCGCGUAAGGUCAGGUACCCCGCGCAAAGACACAGUUGUUUUUGUUGAGAUUUUUCUAUUCUAGUUUGCCCUUAAAAAGUCCUAUCGUAUUCUUAUUUAAAUCCGUCACGUCUACAUUUUUUCACGAUUCAGGUCGACGUCAAUUCCGGCGCCUACAACCAAGAGGAGGAAUACGAUGACAACUCGUCCGCCCGUCUUUUCGAACGUUCUCGCAUCAAAGCGCUAGCCGGUGGGUCGUUUUUCUCUUUGAAUCCAUUAGCUUUCGUCCGAAACCCAUAAACCCUCUCUUUUUCCCACUACUAUAGCCUAUAGCCUUUUUUCUGGUUUAGUCUCUCCGAUUACGUCCAUUCGCUCACUCGGCCGUCAGCUCAAUGAGUUCUGAAGUCUUUCAAUCCUCUAGUGUCUCAAUGAAAAGCGAAGAAAACCCACAUUUCCAGUCAGAUCGUUUUUCUUCCUCAUAGCCUUUCUUUCCUUCUUUUGCACUGCCGUUUCGAAGCGCUUUUCCUUUCUUAUCACCGUUCUUAAGUGAUAAAACAAAGUGUCGGUGCAUUGGCGUCAACAGAAAAUCAAUGGGUAAACUGAUAGGAAACUGCCAGCAAACUCACUCUAAACAGUCGUAUUCUCUUUUGGCAUGUCGUCCGUUGAUGACGACCAUCCGGCGGUCGAAAUUGACCUGCCGGACCAGUACGAAAGUGCUUCCGACUGUGAGCAGACGGAUAAUUGCAACUAUCUCGGCAGUAUUCUAAAGGCUAAAAAGUCACUGAGGAAGACGAGAAACACUCCGAGCCCGGGCGUUUAUCCGGGCUCCGCGGGUGCUCUUUCUUCCCUCUCGACCCGUCCGGCUGAUGAGAAUAGGUCUCCCGUCAGUGCGGAAGUGUUCGAUUCGGUGUGCGGAAAGAAAAAUGUGAAUUCAAUCGAUCUGAGAUUCAGAGGAUUGAGAGGUUUGUCUGACGCCAUUUUUUUGAGGAAAUGUCAGUUGUUUAGACUCUUGCACGCAAUCUUUCGUGCCUAGAGACUUGUGAGUGAGCAAUCUGAAACCUUUCCUUUCUGCUAACUUGAUUUGACUCUAUCUUUGUUUGCACAAACGUCGAUAAAUUUCAGAUGAGCGUGAAUUUGUGCAGAAGAAGACGUUCACAAAAUGGGUCAACUCACACUUGGUUCGAGUCAGCUGCAAAGUACAGGACCUUUAUAUGGACAUGCGAGACGGAAAAAUGCUGCUCCGACUGCUCGCAGUUCUCUCCGGUGAACGCCUGGUAAGUGGUCCGCUAGGAUCUUUGGUCAUAGUCUGUUUGUCACCCUCCACGUCUCUUUUCCAAGGAAAAAGAACACCGACGUCUUUUUCUUCUUCUUUUCUUUUUUGUGUGAAAUCAAUGCAAAGAUGCGUAGAACUCCGUCUUUGAGAAGCGAAAGAAAGAAACCAAGAAAGCGUUUUUUUCAGCCGAAGCCGACACCGGGAAAAAUGCGUAUCCACUGUCUUGAAAACGUCGAAAAAGGUCUGCAAUUCCUGCGAAACCAGCACGUUCAUCUCGAAAAUCUGGGUUCACACGAUAUCGUCGACGGAAACUCGCGCCUCACCUUGGGUCUCAUCUGGACGAUCAUCCUUCGAUUCCAGGUACGCAUCACUUGAUCAUUUUAGCCCACAAUUAAUCGAAUUCAGAUCCAAGACAUCACAUUCGAAGACGCAGACAAUCACGAGACGCGUUCAGCGAAGGAAGCGCUGCUUCUGUGGUGCCAGAUGAAAACGGCUGGCUAUCCGAAUGUCAACGUCAAAAACUUCUCGACCAGCUGGAGAGACGGUCUCGCAUUCAAUGCGCUCAUCCACAAGCACAGACCCGAUCUCGUCGACUACGACAACCUUCAGAAGUCGAAUGCUCUCUACAACUUGCAGUCGGCGUUCGAUACCGCCGAGAAUCAGUUGGGAUUGGCCAAGUUCCUCGAUGCCGAAGAUGUGAACGUUGACCAGCCCGACGAGAAGUCCAUCAUCACCUAUGUUGUCACCUACUACCAUUACUUCAACAAGCUCAAGCAGGACAACAUUCAAGGAAAGCGUAUUGGAAAGGUGAUCAACGAGCUGAUCGAGAACGACAAAAUGAUCAACCGAUACGAGACUCUUUCGUCUGAUCUACUCGAAUGGAUCAAUGCUAAGAUCCUGCUGCUCAAUGAUCGUCGCUUCGAGAACAACUUGGACGGAGUUCAGAAGCAACUCACUGAGUUCAACGACUACCGUACUCAAGAGAAACCACCAAAGUUUGACGAGAAGGGAGAACUCGAAGUGCUUCUGUUCACUUUACAAUCGGCAAUGCGUGCUAACAAUCAGAGACCUUUCGUGCCGAGAGAAGGAAAAUUGAUUGCUGACAUCAAUAGAGUAAGCAUUUGCAUAUGCCAUUCCGAAAUUAAUGAGGUUAUUUUAGGCAUGGCAAGCCCUGGAGAAGGCUGAACACGAGCGUGAGCUCGCCCUCAAAGAGGAGCUCAUCCGCCAAGAGAAGCUCGAGCAAUUGGCUGCCCGAUUCAACCGAAAGGCCGAGAUGCGCGAGACAUGGCUCACCGAGAACCAACGCCUUGUCAGCCAAGAUAACUUCGGAAACGAUCUCUCUUCAGUCGAGGCCGCAACGAAGAAGCACGAGGCUAUCGAAACUGACAUCUUCGCUUACGAGGAGCGUGUGCAAGCCGUUGUCGCUGUUGCCGGAGAGCUCGAGGCUGAGAACUAUCACGACCAGCCAAAGAUCAACGAGAGAAAGGAGAACGUUCUCAAGCUCUGGAACUACCUCUUCCAACUCCUUUUGGCCCGCAGAGUACGCCUCGAACUGUCGAUGGCUAUUCAGAAGAUCUUCCACGACAUGCUCCUUACUCUUGACCUGAUGGACGACAUCAAGAAGAGACUUCUCAGCGAAGACCUUGGCGCCCAUCUCAUGGACGUCGAGGACUUGCUCCAAAAGCAUGCUCUUCUCGAAUCCGACAUCAACAUCAUCGGAGAGCGUGUCAACAACUCCAUCGCCCAAUCUCAACGCUUCCGCAACGCAGAGGGACCGGAUGGUAGUGGAUAUCAACCGGUUGAGCCUGCAACCAUCGACGAAAGAUGCGACGUUCUCCUACAACGCUACAAGGAACUUUUGGAUCUUGCCGCUGAACGCAAGCGUCGUCUUGAAGACAACAAGAGACUGUGCCAAUUCUGGUGGGAUGUUGCCGAGCUCGAGCACGGAAUCAAGGAGCAAGAGCAGGUUCUCUCCUCGAACGACACCGGACGCGACAUCGUCACCGUCUCGCACCUGUUGGCCAAGCACAAGAACGCAGAGAACAACUUGCGCGAUCUUGAGAAGUACCUCGACCGUCUCGAUGUUUCCGGCCAAGAACUUCAGGACGAAAACAUUCCCGGAAGCGACAACAUCCCUCCGAGACUCGCCGAGAUACGUGAUUACAUCAACAAGCUCAAGGAACUCUCGGCUUCUCGCAAGGAGAGACUUGCUGGAGGAGUCGAAUACUACCAAUUCUUCACCGAUGCCGACGAUGUCGACCGUUAUCUGUACGACACCCUACGUGUCAUGUCAUCCGAAGACGUUGGAAAAGACGAGGGAACCGUUCAACUUCUCAUUAAGAAACACGACGAUGUCACCGACGAACUCCAGAACUUUGACCAACACAUCCAAGUUUUGCACGCCAAGGCCGAAUCACUUCCGCAAGAAGCCAGAGAGCAUCCGGACAUCAGACAACGUCUGGACACCACUCUCCGCCAGAAGGCCGAGCUCGAGAACCUUGCUCAACUUCGCAAGCAGAGACUCAUCGACGCACUUUCCCUCUACAAAUUGUACUCGGAUGCCGACUCGGUCGAGUCUUGGAUUGAUGAGAAGGGCAAGCUCCUUGCUACUCUUGUGCCAGGACGCGACAUCGAAGAAGUCGAGAUCAUGAAGCACCGCUUCGAUACUCUGGAGCAGGACAUGAAGAACCAGGAGAUCAAGGUCGCCAACGUCAACGACUUGGCUCGCCAGCUUCUGAAUGUGGAGCACCCGAACUCGGACGACAUCCUGCACCGCCAGAACAAGCUGAACGCUCGCUGGGCUCAACUCCGAGACAUGGUCGACCAAAAGAGAAACGAGCUCGAAAGAGCCCAUCGUCUGGAAACUUUCCGCAUCGACUGCCAAGAGACGGUAACCUGGAUCGAGGACAAGACUCGUGUGCUCGAGGAUUCGGACGCGCUUACCAACGAUCUGUCUGGCGUUAUGAAGCUCCAGAGAAGACUGUCGAUGAUGGAGAGAGACCUCGGAGCCAUCCAGGCCAAACUCGACUCGCUGCACAAAGAGGCCGACGACAUCGAAAGAGAACGCCCGCAAGAGGCGCAGGCCAUCAGAGAGGACAUCAAGAGAAUCCACCAGGUCUGGGAUAUUCUCAACAAGAAGGUCCGCGAGCACGAGGCUAAACUCGACGAAGCUGGAGAUCUCCAACGGUUCCUUCGUGAUUUGGAUCAUUUCCAAGCCUGGCUCACGGCCACCCAGAGACAGGUCGCUUCGGAGGAAGAGCCGCAAUCGCUUGCCGAGGCUGAGCAACUCCUCAACCAGCACGCCGCCAUUCGCGAGGAGAUCGACGGAUACGCUGAGGACUACAAGAAGAUGCGUGCCAUGGGAGACCGUGUCACUCAAGACCAGACCGACCCGCAGUACAUGUUCCUCCGUCAACGUCUCGCCGGACUCCAGGAGGGAUGGGAAGAGCUUCAACGCAUGUGGGACAAUCGGCAACAUCUUCUGUCCCAAGGACUCAACCUUCAAAUGUUCCUCCGCGACGCCAAGCAGGCAGAGGUCAUGCUCUCGCAACAAGAGAACUAUCUGGCCAAGGACGACGUGCCACAGUCCCUGGAGCAAGCCGAGAACAUGCUCAAGAGACACCAGGACUUCAUCACCACCAUGGAUGCCAACGACGAGAAGAUCCGUGCCGUCGGAAUGUUCGGAGACCAACUGUGCCAGGACGGACACUACGCCGCCGAUAAGAUCCACAAGAAGGCCAGAAACAUUGAUGAACGCCGUGGAGCUAACCGCGAGAAGGCUCAAGAAGUGCUUAAGAAGCUGAAGGACGCUCUGUCUCUGCAGCAAUUCUUGUCGGAUUGCGACGAGUUGCGAGAAUGGAUCGAGGAGAAGAUGAUCCGUGCUCAGGACGAGACCUACAGAGAUGCUAAGACGAUCACUUCCAAGUUUGUCCGUCACCAGGCAUUCCAGUCUGAGUUGGCUGCCAACAAAGAACGUCUUGAUCAGCUCAAGCACGCCGCCAUCAAUCUCGGAGAUGACAAGCCAGAGUACCACGGAACCAUCGACCCUCAGAUUGAGGAGCUCGCCACUCAAUGGGAAGAGCUUGAAAAGACCACCGAGGAGAAGGGCCAGAAGUUGUUCGAUGCGAACAGACAACAGCUGUACGUGCAGAGCAUUGCGGACAUGAAGGAAUGGGCGACGCAGCUGGAGAACGAGAUGACUCGCGAGGACCAGCCGGCCGAUCUGACCACUGUCAAUGUGGCCAUGCAGAAGCAGCACCUGAUCGAGACCGAAAUGAUCAAGAAGGCCCAUCACAUCGACCAACUCAUGGAGAUGGAGCCUCAGCUCGAAGAGCUUCAUCCGGAAGAGCUCGAGAACAUCAGAGCUCACCGUCUCGCCGUGCAAGAGCAGCUCCAACGGCUCCAAGCUCCAUUGGAUGACCGCCGCAAGGCUUUGGAACGCAAGAAGGCCGCCUUCCAGUUCGGACGCGAUGUCGAUGACGAGAAGCUCUGGAUCUCGGAGAGAUUGGUGCUCGCCAGAGCUCAGAAUCUGGGAGAGAACCUUCCGGACUGCCAUCGUCUCCAGAAGAACUUGCAACUUCUCUCGAACGAAAUCGACAACCACGAGCCAUGGAUAAACCAGAUCUGCAACAACGGCCAGGAGUUGAUCGACGAGGGUCACGCCAACGGACCAGCCUUUGAGAAGAAGAUUCAGGAGUUGCGUGGAGCCUGGCAAGAGCUGAAGGACGCCGUCAAGGACCGAAAGAAUGCUCUUGGAGAGAGCGAGAAGGCUCAUCAGUUCUUGUACGACUGCGGAGAAGCGGAGGCCUGGAUGAGCGAACAGGAAUUGUACAUGAUGCAGGAUGAGAGGGGCAAGGACGAGUUCUCCACGAAAAACCAGAUCAAGAAGCACGAACGUCUCCAAGCCGACAUCGACAAAUUCGCCGACACGAUCCGUGCACUUGCCACCAAGGCCCACAAGUUUGUGGAUGAGAAGUCACCUCUCAGCGAACAGAUCACCGUCCGUCAGGCCCAGAUCGAGAAGCUCUACGCCGGUCUCCAAGACUUGUCAAAGGAGCGCAGAAAGAGACUCGAAGAGACUCUGGAGUUGUACGCACUUCACCGCGAGAUCGAUGACCUUCUCCAAUGGAUCGCCGACAAGGAGGUUGUUGCGGGUAGCCAGGAGAACGGACAGGAUUACGAGCACGUGCAAAUGCUCCAGGAGAGAUUCCAGCAGUUCGCCCGCGACACGGAGAACAUCGGAUCGGAACGUGUGGCCAACGCCAACGACGGAUGCGAUGCCCUCAUUGCCAACGGACACACCGAUGCGCCGACGAUCGCAUUGUGGAAGGACUCGUUGAACGAGGCCUGGGAGAACCUGCUCGAGCUGAUGGACACCCGUGCCCAGAUCCUCGAGGCGUCCAGACUCCUUCACAAGUUCUACCACGACUGCCGCGACUGUCUUUCGAGAAUCAUGGAGAAGACGCAUGCGAUGCCAGAAGACCUCGGAAGGGAUUCGAGCAGUGUUGGCGCUCUUUCGCGAAAACAUCAGAACUACCUGAAGGACAUUGCUGCCAUCGGAGAGCAAGUUGCUCAGAUCGAGAGAGACGCCGCCGAGCUCAGAGACGGUUAUGCCGGAGACAAGGCCCUCGACAUUGGCUCCCGCGAAAGCGAGGUCGUCAAGGCGUGGAGACAUCUCCGCGGACUCUGCGACGCCCGUACUUCUCGUCUCAUGGACACUUCGGAUCUGUUCAAGUUCAUGAACAUGGUCCGCGACCUUUUGUUGUGGAUGGACGAGGUGAAGCGAGAGAUGAACUCGCAGGAGAGGCCGAAGGACGUGAGCGGAGUUGAGCUGCUCAUGAACAACCACCAGUCGCUGAAGGCGGAGAUCGACGCUCGCGAGGAGAACUUCAACGCGUGCAUCUCCCUGGGACGCGACCUGCUCAACAGAAAACACUACGCUUCGAGCGAAAUCGAGAAGAAAUUGAUCAAACUGACGACCGAGAGAGCCGAAAUGAUGCGAAGAUGGGAGGACCGAUGGGAGUAUUUGCAGCUCAGUAAGUUUCCGAUUACGGUAUUCGUUGUACAUGAUAUUCCUCUCUUUUCAGUCUUGGAAGUGUACCAAUUCGCCCGCGACGCCGCCGUCGCCGAAUCUUGGCUCUUCGCCCAAGAGCCAUAUCUCAUCUCGAGGGAAUACGGUAGAAACCUUGAAGAAACCAUCAAACUCAUCAAGAAGCACGAGGCAUUCGAGAAAUCGGCCAUCGCGCAGGAAGAACGAUUCUUGGCACUCGAGAAAUUGACAACGGUGAGUGAGCACGGUGAUUCUUUGCGAGGGUGCAGUGAGAAGAGGGAGAAAGUUAGGCCCUCGUCCCGUGAACUGUCGGCUGCUUAUUUUGAAUCAGUAUUUCUCCGGCGGCGCGCAUGUUAAGUUCCUAAAAAAAGCUCGGCGCCCAGGCCUAACUGGCGUGGCCUAGUAUUUCUUGUUCAGCCGGCGGACUCGGCGGAAACCGUGGCCUAGUAUCCCGACUCGCGACCCCGGGCCAAAUGGACUAGAAUUUUUCUCGUCACCCUCGCAAAGAAUCAUCAUGUCACAUGUGAGAGAAAAAAGAGAGAACGAGGAGACGACCGCGGGCAUGUCAACACACAUGUGCAGCAGCCGCGGGGAGGUAGACGUGGCGCAACUGGGAAGCGCUCUGCGCGCUGUUUGCAGGGUCGCGUGUUCGAUCCUCGCGCUGGUCUCGGUGAUGAUUCACCUAGCUCACUCAUACGAUAAACCUGGUGAUAACUUAAUUCCGCAUCUUAGAGACCGUUUUGGACUUUACCAACGAGAAGUUAAUUUCAGUUCGAGUUGAAAGAGCAACAACAUCGCGACGAGGAAGCUGCGAAACGACGAGGAGGACCAGCUCACAUUGGCAGUCCGUCCAGAUCAACGCCAGCCGCCGACACAUCUUUCGCCGCCCAGGAUGAUGGUGAGUGACUACGAACUGAUUUUGUUGCGUGCUUCUAACCAACAUUCGAAGUGUGUUGUGUUGUUCUUCACCGUCGUGUGCCUUGUUUCAGACGCCGACAUAACCCACAGCAGUCUGGAGAGUCACCGAAAAUCAUCACAUGGUCAGAGUUGUUUUCAUCUCUCAUUUACCCUAAUCCCCCCAAACCCGAUGACGUUGUUUUGUGUUCCGGGCUUCUCGUUCCUAUCGUUCCGUGUUUCGUAUCGUGCCGUUCAUUGCAGAGAAACGAUUGGCACACUCCGAAUCAAGCAGCUGGCGGAAGUCAUUGGCGCGCGCGCCAAAGUUCGACAGCAAAGAUCCAAAGGGUAUAUUGUUGUGCUUUUUAUGAUUCCUUUGAUGUAGUGAAGUGCGAAUUUCUUGCUAUCUGUCAUAAACAAACUAGGACGACAUUUGACUUUUGACUUCAGAAGUAACAUUCGGUUUGCAGGAGCUAAACAAGGAGAAGCAUUCGAAGGAACACUCAUCCGGAAGCACACUUACGAGAGCCUCGACCGAAAGGCCGCGAAUCGCUCGUGGGAGAAACUGUUCGCAGUGCUGCGACAAAACGAACUCGCAUUCUACAAAGACCCGAAGCACAGGUAUUCGCAAUUCCUGUUCUCAUCUAUCAUUUUGUAACGGAAUAUGUGUCCAGAGAAGAAUCAGCCCAUGGAGAACCCCCGAUGGCACUUCCGGGCUGCUCAGUCAACGUGGCAUCUGACUACCAGAAGAAGAAGAACGUGCUUUCGCUGAGGUUGCCAGUGGGAGCAGAGUAUUUGCUCCAGUGCAGCAGCGAAGAGGACAUGCAGCGAUGGCUGACGGAAUUGCAAGUGGCCACCGGACAGGCUCAACUCGAGGAGGCCAGCAGAUCGCAGACAUUGCCAGGUACUCAGACUCAGAUUGGAAAUGGAAAAUGAUUUUGUUUAAUUUCAGCAGAAGGCAGCUCAGGCAAGAAGAAGGGAGGAUUCUUCUCCCGAGGCAAGAAGUAAAUCGAAUCAAAGGGACGUCUUUCAUUGUAUCGAGGUCGAGCUGGUUCCAUUCGAAAGAUUUCGCCCGGGUCGGGUGUCCAUCGGCAGGCCACCCGCCCACUCGGAAUCACAGCGAAUCGUCCCGUCCCGAGCCCCGAAACAGUCUUUCUUUCCCCUCUUCAACCCUCAUUUAUCUUAUGAACCCAUUUUGAUUCGUCCCCAUUUUCUUUUUGUUAUUUCUUCUUGCUCUCCAUCCCAGUCAGCCCAUGAGCUCCCCCAUUUCAUACGGUUUCCUCUCCUCUUCUUCGUUUGGUUUUCUCCUUUUUGGCUCUCAUCUAGGCAUUAAUAUUAUUCGUAUCUUGGAAUUUUCACCUAUUUUUCUCAAUUGCUUAGCCUUCCUAUGCAGACUACAAGUAGUAGAACCAAAGAUAGCCUUGUCGUCCGCUCCGCUCCGUUCCGUCCGUUUCGCCUUUCGAAUCUCAUAGAAAGUCCAUCGGGAAAUCGGCAUCCCGACGGAGUUUCCGCGCGGAAUCCGGAUGGAACUGGGUCCGGACGACCACCGAACUCGGUGUUCACCCAAAGACUCUUCUAGCUGUUCGUGCCCCUUUCAUUAUUUUUCUCUUUCCACUUCUUCCAGCUUCAUCACUGCUUUUCAAUUCAGAAAUCUCUCCCGUUUCCCCCUUCAGCACCCAUUCGGCACCAAAGAUCCCCGCUUUCAUUUAGACCACAAGAACUUCCACUUUCUCUUUCACGAAUAAUAAAAAGGUUACUGUAGUUAUGGCUCGACUCUGUUUGGUGUGCGUGGUGUGUGCCUUCUCUGUUUCCGCGUCUCGCGUCCGUCCGCUUCUCACUCCCUACCCUUUCUCACACUUCUGCCGUUUCUGUUGCAUUGAUCUGAUAUAACCGCCCGUUUCGCUCUCAAUUUGUGCCCUCUCCAUCGCCCACGCAACUCUUUUCUAACCCCUACCCACCCACUACAGUAAUCCCCACAGAGGAAGAUGUGAGAUCCAGAAUUUUUAUGAGAAAAUUCGCUUGUCCUUCCUUCGAUUGCCCGUGUUAGUUGUGCGAGAAAAAGUUGGAUUUUCUUGUUGACUGUCUCUUGAAUUUGAAUUUAUUCCAGUCAAAUGCAGCUUUUCUUCUUUUUGUUCCUUUCCCAUUUUGCUUUGGAUCCUAUGAAACUAAUAAAACUUUGGACUAAACUAAACCUUCUAACAUUUGUGACCUAACUAUGCCCUGGAGAGUUCUCUUUUCAAAACCAACGAUAAUGGCUGAGCAGGAAAGAAAAACGAGCGAGCGAGGAAGAAGAAAAAAGAUGGACGAUGGAAGACGUCGUCGUUUUCCGUUUUGAAUGUUGACUGGCACGGGCGAACUCGUCAAAAAACCAUUGUGCUCGCAAGCGAUCCGUCGUUUUUUAGUCGAAAGCUGUGUGUGAAGCCGUACGAAUAGAAUAAUACGCGCAGAAUGAUUCAUUCGCAAGUAGAAGACUCUUUUUCCUCUCAGAAACCUAUUCAAUGCGCUCUCUCACUCUCUUUCUCUGUUUUUCGGUCUCUGAGAACUGAAAAGAAGACGAAGAAGAGGGGUUGUUUGCACCCGAAACGGGAGAAGUACCCCUUCCUUCUGAGCCUCCGUCGCCCUCUUAUUCUUCUCGCUCUUCAUCUUUCUUUGACACACUUGACUAGCCAGAAUAAGUGCCACUCUCGGAUGUGUGAUGUCGUUUCAGAAAUGUCGUGCACCUGCUGCCUCCGUCUUCAGAAGCCGCCCCCUUCCUCUUCUUUCCUCCAUGUACCUUCUUGGCCCACUCACUUUCAGUCGGUUUCCGUGAAACCCGAUGCUCCGAGAGCGCCCGUCGGCCGCACAUUCCUCGGCUCUCUCUCCGUCUCAUCCCGGAAUUCGCCUCCCACUUCGUCGUCUCUCUAUCGAUCCCUCGUCCGCCUGCGUCUCCGUCCCUCUCCGUCGCCCUCAACUUUUGCCCCUUUCUGUGCUCGUCCAGUAUCGGAUUGGAACCGUGUUUUCUCCGUUUCUUACGCAAUGCCAUCUUCAGACACAAUCAAGUUCUCUGGCACCCCUCGCCCACUCUUUCGCCCUUAACUAACCCGAAAACACAUCUCGUCGUCUAAUUGCCGCUUCCUCUGCGUCUCUUCUUCUCUCACACUCUCUCUCUCUCGCUCUCCGGUUCCUGGUCAGCCAAAUCACAAUCAUAUUCAUUGCUGACUUUCAACGAAUCUCCCUCUGCAGCUGAAAAGCUGGGGCAUUCUCUCGCUCUCCAGUUUACACAACUUGCAACGCCUCAAGAUAAUUCUGGCUGCCCCCUCACACAUGCACGUACUUCGCUCCUUGAUCGGUCACUACUUUCCAUCGGCAGUCUGUGUCUCUCGGUUCACUUGCCGUGCCUCCAGACUGUGUACUCCCUCCCUCUCACUCUGGGUGCAGCCCUCAACUUUGAACUGUUUGACUUGUCCGACUGUCCAGCCCGUUGUGUGCCUCUUUUGAUUUGUCCAGUGACUCACUCGCUCCCAUUAUAUCCUCCAACCAAUUUUCGACGUGACCUCAGGAUCCGCUUGUCUUCCGCUGUUCUCCACAGCAUCCAUUUAUUACAGGCUGGCUGCGAUGCUGCUGCGAGACGAACAAGUGCCAUUGCUUCUAAAACGGAAGCACGUCGUCUCUGGCUAUCGACCACUCAAUCAGCCGAAAUCGUUCUAUGUCAAAUCGGCGUUUUCCUCGCAUAAUGAAGUGGUGAGUCAUUGAGUUUGUGAGAUCAAAAAGAAUCAUCGGAGAGGGGUUCAGUUCAAUGUGUGGACCCACUUCCUGCCUGCCGUCGUGCUCCUCUUCGCCUACCUCAUUCCUGAACUGCUCUCUCCGCUGCCACGUGUCCCCGUGCUCAUCCUCCAAGUUGGCAUAAUCCUUCUUCUCAUCGCAUCAGCGACUGCUCAUCUGAUGGUUUGGCAGCAACUAAACCUCUUUUCAAGAGGUUUCUUUUCAGCAUUCUCGCUCUGAACUCGAUCACAUUUUCUGGUUUCUGAUCGACUUCUCCGGAAUCGCUCUCUUCGGAAUCACGAUCGGCCUCCAGCGGUACAGUUCCAGUGAUCACAUGAGUCUUCCCAUGAAGAUUGUAUGCCGUCACGCUCCUCCAGCGUCUCUAUUAUCAUUCUCUUCAGGCCUACGUCCCUCUUCUAAUGCUCGUUGUGCUCGGCGGCCAAUACUUUUCCACGUGUUAUCUGUUCGUAUUCAAACCGCAUUACAAACGACGAAUGGAACUUCGGAUGGGCUCGUGCUUCCUGCUCGCCUGCUGGCUCUACAUCCCGCUCCAUUAUAGAUAUCAAGUAAAUCAAAUAUUCAUUCACUUUUCUCAAUACAAUGAAUAUUUGUAGGCAGAAGCUAGUGCUGACGACACGGCGCUUCCCCUUCAUUCGAGAGCUUUCCAAUGGCUCAUGGUCUCCGGAAUCUUCAUGGGAGCACACAUUCCGGAACGAUUCGCACCAGGUUUCUUCGAUAUUGUCGGAUACGGACACCAGGUGAGAGCAGGCUCGAGAUCCGUGGGAACCACUCGGAAGUGUUCAAAGAGCUUGCCAAACAGUUAUCUUUCAGUUGUUCCACUUGUGCAUCGACAUGGUCGCCUGGAAUCUGCUCGACGCCGCCCACAUCGACUGCUCCAGCGACGAAGGACACGUCCACCUGCCCCGCAACAUAGUCGCCGUCAUCGCCUUCAUUGCUUCGUUGGCAAUCAUCGGAUACAACGUCUACACAAUGAUGCAGAAGGCAAAAACGAAAAAAUACGACGAAUGA